UUUGGGGGAUGAAGAUGGGCUGUCUCGGCAACAGCAAGACGGAAGACCAACGCAACGAGGAGAAGGCCCAGAGGGAAGCCAACAAGAAGAUCGAGAAGCAGCUCCAGAAAGACAAACAGAUAUACCGCGCCACUCACCGGCUUCUACUACUAGGGGCUGGCGAAUCUGGGAAGAGCACAAUAGUCAAGCAGAUGCGGAUAUUGCACGUCGAUGGCUUCAACGCAGAGGAGAAAAAGAAAAAAAUACAUGAUAUUAAAAACAACAUUAAAGAAGCUAUAGAGACCAUCGUGUCCGCCAUGAGGACACUCACGCCACCGUGCCAGCUCGCCUGUUCUGCCAACCAGCCGUGCAUUGAUUAUGUCCUCCUCCAAAUCAACCAGAAGGAUUUCGAGUUUCCAUCGGAGUUUUAUGACCACUCAAAGAUCCUCUGGCAGGACGAUGGCGUGCGGGCCUGCUGGGAGAGGUCCAACGAAUAUCAGCUCAUCGACUGUGCGCAGUACUUCCUAGACCGAGUGGAUGUGGUUCGCCAACACGAUUACACGCCAACCGACCAGGACCUGCUGAGAUGCAGAGUGUUGACAUCUGGCAUCUUUGAGACAAGAUUUCAAAUAGACAAAGUCAAUUUUCAUAUGUUUGACGUGGGUGGUCAGAGGGAUGAGCGUCGAAAAUGGAUCCAGUGUUUUAAUGAUGUGACAGCUAUCAUUUUUGUGGUGGCGAGUAGCAGCUACAACAUGGUGAUCAGAGAGGACAAUCAGACCAACAGACUGCAGGAGGCCCUCAAUCUUUUCAAGAACAUAUGGAAUAAUAGGUGGCUACGGACCAUCUCCGUCAUCCUCUUCCUGAACAAACAGGACCUCCUCGCCGAGAAGGUCUUGGCAGGGAAGUCAAAAAUUGAGGAGUAUUUUUCUGAGUUUGCACGCUACACGACGCCCGACGACGCAAUACCAGAGCCGGGCGAAGAUCCGCGUGUCACGAGGGCAAAGUACUUCAUACGGGACGAGUUUCUGAGGAUCAGCACAGCCAGCGGGGACGGUCGCCAUUACUGUUACCCCCACUUCACCUGUGCCGUGGACACAGAAAAUAUCCGGCGCGUCUUCAGCGACUGUCGCGACAUCAUUCAGAGGAUGCACCUACGGCAGUACGAGCUCUUGUGAUGGGGCGUCUCGCACAAUACCACCCUCCCACCAUUCCCCACGCUGCCUUUCUGCUCCCCUUCCUUCCGUCUUGCCUCCCAGGACCAUUAACCCAGUCGGCAUCCAUAAUUCAACAGAA